AUGUCAGUUUUAAGGAGAUUUCCGGGAUUAAUAUUCACACAUAAAUUUAAAUGCUUAUUUGUUCUUUUUCUCAGUAUUGUAUGUUUCAUAACUUUGUAUUCUUGGAGAAUCAUUUGUUCAAAUUUGGAAUCAUGGGAUCGAGUUACAUCUUUGUGCAGCCAAUACAAAAAAGGAAAAAUAUCUGGAGACCUUUGUCCAAAAUUAUGUGGGGAAGGUUCAGUGGUUUCAUUAGCAUGCCAAACUUUACAUUCUGGGAAGGAUAUAAUAUUCUCAGCUACAUUAAAAGAUGGACUUAAUAUAGUAGUUAAAUCGUCUCAGAAUACUGAGCCUCAGGAUAUAUUUUAUUGGAUUGAUGAUGCAGGAGAGCACUAUCCUACUGAUGACUUCUUCAGAAGUUUGGUCGAAAAUCGAAUUCAGGCCCGAUUAAAUAUAACUUUGAGUGAGCAUGAUCUUGAGAGAAUUAUAAGGUAUCCAAAUGGGCAGCAUUUUCCUGUUAAUAGCAAAGCUCGCCGAAUCGAAAUGAAAGAAAUAUGGAGGCUUCUACAGGAUAAUGAGUAUCUUAUAUCAAUGGUAUAUGCUGGACGGGACAUGUUUCCAAAAAUUACUGGAAUUUGUGGCCAUUAUUUCGGUACUGAAUAUCUGAAACCAGCAAUGGACGGAGAUCUAGUCAAAAUUGUAAGCAAGGAAACCGAAGAUAACUGGGCUAAUCGUGUGCAUCUAGCUGUCAUGAUAUUAGAUUUAGUUGAACAGAUUGAUGGUGAUAACUUGGUGCUAUGUGAUGUUAAACCAAACCAUUUUGGUAUUAGUGGUGAAGGCAAACUUAAAAUAUUAGACUUGGAUGUAACAUUUCCAAGAGCUAUUGCUAAUGCCAUUACCAAAAGUGGAAAAAAUUGUGAAUUUGACUCAGACUGUCAUUUGUUUGAUUGUCAUUCUGUCUGCAACAAAGAGAAAAAGAUUUGUGAUGCCCCAGUGAUGAAUUCUAACUUACAAAUAGUCUGCGAGAAAAUAUUACUCGGUUGGGCCAUGCCAGGAGUCAUGGUUCCAGGGCUUCUGAUGACCUCCUCUACACCUUCAGGUCUAGCUUCACUUCUAAGGCAGUGUGCUCAUGGUGCUGGUGGCCCUCAAUUUGACUCGGAUAUAGCUACACGAUUAACUCAUACUUUGGCUGAAAUGGAUGCACACUUGCAAAACCUAAUCAAAUAGUUUUUUUAAAAACCUGUGAAAUACAAAAGAGCAUAGCACAUUAGAUCAGCCAUUAAGAUGUAGGUUCUUUUACGAAAUAUUACAGUAUGUCAUUGCUCAUUACUAGCCCUACACUACUUUCAUGUGUUGUGAUUUUAUAUAGCAAUAUUUUCUGAGGGGUAUUAUUUUAUAUAGGUUUAAUAAGUCGAAGAUGUUGAAAUGUUAACACAGAUAGCCAUUUUUUAAUAUGAUUCUUA